AUGCAAAACAUUUUUCAACCUCAUCCAUUCUCUACAGCCGUUGGUACACUUACAGAGAGAGCAACUGACAGUGGACAACCUUCAGAAGAUUGGGCACUCAUUUUGGAAAUUUGUGAUACGGUAAAUGAGACAGAUGAUGGGCCAAAAGAGGCCAUAAGGGCGAUUAAGAAGCGCUUGGUGACAUCAGCUGGCAAAGAUAAUGUCUCAAUAUGGUACACACUGACACUGCUCGAGACCUUAGUGAGAAAUUGUGGGAGAAGAUUUCAUAGCCAGGUUGCUAACAAAGAGUUCCUGCACGCUUUUUUGAAACUUUUGUCACCAAAGAAUGACCCUCCACAACAGCUACAAACGAAGGUGUUAUAUAUGCUGAAGUGCUGGAUUUCAAGUAACUGGGAUGUUCCUGGAAAGCGUGAUCUGGACAAAGUAUACGCUUCACUUCUACAGAAAGGAGUUCAGUUUCCAUCAGUUGCACCAUCUGAAUGUGACUUGCCAAAGUCAUCGAGAAGUUUAAGUUCACAUGAUAACCCAGUUAUAUUGAAAUGUGAUACAGUUAUCUCACCUACUGGACUAAAAGAACGUGAUAAGCCAAUUUCUCGAACUCAGGUGGUUAGAAGUUCUGGCACAGAAUCAGAUGUCUACUUACGCAAUCGUUUAGCUGUUGAUCCAACUAACUCCAUCAACAUUAUACAUCCAUGUUCUGUUUGUCAUUGUGUUCAUAAUACAAAUAGUCAAUCGAAUAGUUGUUCUAAACAUCGGUCUUGUUUCAAUAUUCAUUUAUCACAUGACUCCACUGGUGUUUCUUCUAACCAGCAUACACGUAAUGUACACUUUAAUCCUAUUGUCACUACUGCUACUACUACUGCUACUGCUACUGUUCAAAACAGAAUACAAACUAGUGUUCCUGUCAGUGAUUGUAGGAUAAUGGUUGCCAAUUCUGGUAUACAACAUCCUUUAACAGUUAAUCAACAUCGAUUACAUUCAUCAGGAUAUCAAAUGAAUAAUCCAUUGAUAAGUGUAAAUCAUGAUGAAAUGGAAUUUGAUGAAGAUGGAAUAAUACGUCAUUUGAAUACAAUACAACGAAUAAAAUUAACUGAAGAUUUAGGUGUUGUUGAAACUAAUAUUAAUGUAUUGAAUGAUUUAUUAGCUGAGUUAAGACCUGAUACAGUAACAUCUGAUGAUUUAAACUUGUUAAGGGAAUUGAAUGAUACCUGCCGUGCUAUGCAUCUGCGUGUUAUGGAAUUCUUAAGUCAAGUAUCUGAUGAAGAAGUAACGCCGAGUUUAAUUCAAGUCAAUGAUAAUCUAACACAUACACUUUCACGUUAUGAUCGUUUUGAACGUUAUUAUCAAAGAUCUUUACAAAAUUCCGAUGAUCAUUCUACCGUUAACCAUCUGAACAGCUCUCAACCACAGCUUUGUCUAACCGGUCCAUCAGGGAGUAACACUGUUGCAAGACAUAAUCAAUCAAACCGGCAACGGCAGCAACAACAACAGUUAGCAAUUACAGUGGGACCAUCUUCUUCUCUCCGGUCAACUGGGAAUCAAUCUGUUACCAAUUGUAUUGUCACCGGUUGUCAUCGUAUCAACGGUGUACAAAGAAACCGUGAAGCCAUAAAUAAUAAUAAUAAUGCGGUCGAUGAUGAUGAUGACGAUGACGAAAGUCUUUUGGAUAUAAGAGAGGAACCUAGUAGGACUACCUCUAGAUCUCAUGAUUCAGAUGAAACUGAUGAAAUUGCUCAAUGGCUAUCUAGUCGACAAUUGAUACUUGUAGGCGUAGAUGAACAACAACAUCAUCAUCAAUCAGUACAACAACAGUCAAUGGGAGAAAUACAGUCAGAUAAUCAUCCUCAUUAUUGUAUAAUGUCAGUCAAUCAAUCAACUGUUGCUGUGCCAACAACAACAACAAGUGGAGCUUUGAUUACUUCAACACAUCUACAAAACACAUCAAAUAAAUCGAUUCAAUCGAAUCAAUCUUUCAAUGCAUUGUUAUGA